GGGAAGGCGGUAAAGGCGGGGCCUUUGAGCAGAGUUGAACUGACAGCGCAGUGCCGGGAGGUUGGGUGAGCUGUUGGGGGAGACUGAGAAGGGAGGAAUGUUUGACAGUCCUGCUGACCUGAGUGAGGGGAAUAAGUUAGCUUCAGUAUCCAUGGAAGCAGAGCCCACAAUGCUGGUUGAUAUUCCUGAUGCUCUAAGUGAGAGAGAGAAAGUAAAAUUCACAGUUCACACUAAGACCACCCUACCUUCCUUCAAGAAAUCAGACUUCUCAGUGAUUCGGCAGCAUGAGGACUUUGUCUGGUUGCACGACACCUUGGUUGAGAAUGAGGACUAUGCCGGAAUUAUUAUACCUCCAGCACCUGCCAAACCAGACUUUGAUGUUGCGAGAGAAAAGAUGCAAAAGCUGGGUGAAGGUGAAGGAUCCAUGACAAAAGAGGAAUUUAAUAAAAUGAAGCAAGAACUCGAAGCGGAGUACUUGGCUGUCUUUAAGAAGACUGUGUCCAUCCAUGAAGUCUUCCUUCAGCGACUUGCGGUUCAUAGUGUAUUGGGCAAAGACCAUAACUUCCAUGUUUUCCUGGAAUAUGACCAGGAUCUAAGUGUCCGAAGGAAGAACACAAAGGAGAUGUUUGGUGGUUUUUUAAAGAGCAUGAUGAAGAGUGCUGAUGAAGUACUCAUCUCUGGAGCCAAGGAUGGUGAUGAAUUCUUUGAACAUGAGAAGACAUUUCUUGUAGAAUAUGGCAUCAAAAUUAAAGAUUCAGCAGUAAAAGCAGAAAAAAUGACAAGAACUCACAAAAAUGUUUCCGAUGAUUACCUUAGUUUAUCCUCUUCCUUGAAUGAACUUGCGAUAGACAAUAAAGCUCCAAUGAACAACUACUACAUAAAACUUUCCGAGCUGUUUGAAAAACUCAGGAAAGUAGAAGGAAGAGUGUCGAGUGAUGAAGACUUGAAGCUGACAGAACUGUUAAAAUACUAUAUGAGAGAUAUACAGGCAGCAAAGGAUCUUCUGUACAGGAGAGCCAGGGCUCUUGUUGAUUAUGAAAAUGCCAACAAAGCUCUAGAUAAGGCUCGAAUGAAGGGUAAAGAUGUGAAACAGGCGGAGCAGCAGCAUCAGCUGUCUGGUCAAAAAUUUGAAAAGCUCUCAGACUCAGCAAAGCAAGAGCUGACUGCUUUCAGAGCCAGACGAGUGGAAGCAUUUCGUAAAAACCUAAUUGAAAUGACUGAGCUGGAGCUGAAGCAUGCCAGAAACAAUGUACAGAUGCUACAAAACUGCCUGGCUGCGUUGAUGAGUAAUUAGUGCCAUAUGACUGGAUGAGGCCAGGAAUCCUCAGACUGACCUUAUUUCACCCACUGAAGAUGAAUUUAUAAUUUGCAGCCUAAAAUCAUUGUACAUCCAGUUUCUGUUGCAAUAACUCUGGUCACGGGAUAAGCUGUGCGUGCUCCUAUUCUAUAUCCUUUACAGUUUUUCUCUGCUGCUGUUUAAUCCGUAAAAGCUUGGAUAAUGCACAAAGUAAUUUUUCUUUUUUAAAAAAAAUGCUAAGCUUUGCUCCACACAAGUGCCUGCUGAUUGUAGAACUUCACAAACAGUGACUUCCAAAACUAAAGCUGGACCAAAUUUUGUAUGUUCAUAUUCCUAUGCAUGGUAGUCUUUUUACAAAAGUGGCAUAAUAGGGACCUGUUACAAUAAUUGUAAUUCAAAUUCUAUUUAUACGCAGGUUGGCUAAACAAUGCUCGAAAUCUUGUUUGGGGUUUUAACAAAACUUCCAUUUGAUUGUGUAUGCGAUGACCAAAUUGACAUUGCUGGUUUCAAUCGAUAAGCAUACUCUUCGUAUUUUUUUAAUAUUGUGCUGCUCCAAAACUCUUGCUUCUGAAUUAAAAUCUCUCUUGACUGUUUCUGCUUAUCCUAAUUUUAGACUAAGCUAACACCGAAGUCCAUGUUUUUGGUUCCUGGCUGUAAUUUGUAAAAAGAAUUAAGAUUUAAAUUUAAGUGGUGGUAUUUCACUGAAGAGAAUGAUCCUCAAUGCUCAUGGCAUUUCUGUAGGGUUGUACUAGUUACUCUUUAGCACUUGUAGGGUUAAUUGCUCCCCAUCCCACCCCAAUUACUUUACCCUUGCCUCAAAAACAAGCUCUUGUAAACAGUACUUAAAUAUUUUACAUGAAGCACUCAAACUGCAGAGCACUUUGGAAGUAUGUGCCUCAUUUCUGCCUAUGAAUGUUUUGAUAUCUCCCCCCUCUCCUCCCUCAAAACAUAUUGCAGCACUUUUUAAAGAGUUCAUAUUUUAGAUAAACUUAUGCAAAGGAACUUUGAAGUGCACGGUGGAUAGCAUCUCUUGUUUUUGUUUUCCAUCACAUUGGGUUUGGAGAUGGAGUGAAAUCUGCACAUAGACUUGUUUGGCCAGGAGGAGGAGGACGCAAUGCAGGACACUCGGCUGGCCAUCCAAUUCUGACUUGUAUUCUCUCCUGGGGAAAUUCUGCUUCCAAAGCAAUAAGGUGAAGGAAAUAGCAAAGUGUGAAUGCUGUUUUUAACUUGUUUUCAUGAAGAAAGGAAAAAGCCAGGUGCUGGGUGUGGUUUGGGCAAUUCCUGAAAGUUGUGUUGGAAGAAGAAAUGGAAGUUUUGCUGAAGCUCUUAACUCUUCAUUGUUUUGCAUUGAACUGUGUCCUGUGUAUAUUGUCUGCAGAUCUAAAUAUAAAUGGAAAGCAGAAGAAAGCCCAAUCUAUAUAAAAAGAGACUUGUUACAUUUUAGGGGUAUUUUAGUUAGCUAUUGAUGCCUGUGUGUGUGUGUGUGUAAAAAUAAAUGUUCAUAGUACAUUAACUUUGUGACUUGGCCUGGUUUAAAGAACAACAGUGUGGGAGAUGCCCAGAGUAAAAUUUUGUCGGAGUUGGUCUCUAGCCGUCUCCUGCCACCCCUCCCUCUUGGGUCGGUCUCCAUUUCCCCUCUUAUCACCCCCUCCGCCCACUCCUCACCUCCCAAACUCCACCCUGUGAGCUGGUCUUGUCCUCGUUGUCAAUGGCCUUCAAGUUCAACCCAUAUCAUUUUCUUUAAGGCACCAGACCUGAUGGUGAGCACAGUGAUUAGCUUGCUCAGUCAAUCUUGGAAUGUCAGUUUUGAACUCUGUUUUCCAUAUCCUAAAGGAGGAACUGAAGCCAUUGAACAAGUAGCAAACAGGUUGCAAAGUUGUGUGUGUGUGGAGUAUGGGUAGAAUUUCUCUCACCAGAUGUUGUGGUUUUGAAUAAUUCUGUUAAAUUUUGCUGGAAUUGUGCAUUGAUUCAUGGAGAUGAUAUAUUUGGCUUUAUUAGUCAGUGUUUUCUCCCUGUAAGACAUGUUUCUGUGCCUUUUGGAAGGAAUUUGAACAGUAAAGAUGGUUUGAAACUGC